AUGGCUAGCCAACAAUUGCAGGUUCUGAGCGCACUUGAUGCAGCCAAGACCCAAUUCUACCACUUCACAGCGAUUGUGAUAGCUGGUAUGGGUUUUUUCACUGAUGCCUACGACCUCUUCUGCAUCUCUCUAGUCACCAAAUUGCUCGGACGUAUUUACUAUCACAUUCCUGGAUCAGCUAACCCUGGUUCAUUGCCCCCAAACGUAGCCGCUGCCGUCAAUGGUGUCGCAUUAUGCGGCACCCUCGCCGGCCAGCUCUUCUUCGGGUGGCUUGGCGACAAGAUGGGUCGAAAGCGUGUGUAUGGUGUCACACUUAUGCUCAUGGUAGUCACUUCCAUUGCCUCUGGUCUUUCCUUUGGUAGCACUGCCAAAGGUGUCAUGGCCACCUUAUGUUUCUUCAGAUUUUGGUUAGGAUUUGGGAUUGGAGGAGACUACCCAUUAUCAGCAACCAUUAUGUCGGAGUAUGCAAACAAAAGGACCCGAGGUGCCUUCAUCGCUGCUGUCUUUGCAAUGCAAGGAUUUGGGAUCUUGGCUGGUGGAAUAGUUGCCCUAAUCCUUUCUGCCGCAUUCAAGGCCAGGUUUCCUGCUCUUCCUUACCAACUCGACCCGGUCGGCUCCACCGUAACUCAGGCCGAUUACGUCUGGCGUAUAAUCUUUAUGGUGGGUGGUAUACCGGCAGCACUCACUUACUAUUGGCGUAUGAAGAUGCCUGAGACUGCUCGUUACACCGCCCUUGUCGCUCGGAAUGCGAAACAAGCCGCGGCAGAUAUGGCAACUGUCUUGCAGGUGGAGAUAGAAGCAGAGCAAGAUAAAGUGGAGUGGUUAUCAGAAGAGCCCGCCAAUAAUUAUGGGUUGUUCUCCAAAGAGUUUGCUCGUCGCCAUGGGCUUCACUUGGUUGGAACCGCGGUAACAUGGUUUCUACUUGAUAUUGUAUUUUACAGUCAGAGUCUGUUCCAGAAGGACAUCUUCGUUGCAGUUAAUUGGAUCCCUUCAGCGAAAACGAUGAGUGCACUUGAGGAGCUUUACUUAAUUGCUAGGGCACAAACCAUCAUAGCCCUUUGUGGUACCAUUCCUGGGUACUGGUUUACGGUGGCCUUCAUCGAUUGUAUGGGAAGACGCACAAUUCAAUUGAUGGGUUUCUUCUUCAUGACAGUAUUCAUGUUAGGACUUGCAAUUCCUUACAAUUACUGGAAAACACCUGGACACCAAGCUGGAUUUGUGGUCAUGUAUGCAUUCACCUUCUUCUUUGCUAAUUUCGGGCCUAACUCGACAACAUUUGUGGUGCCAGCGGAAAUAUUCCCAGCGAGGCUUAGGUCAACUUGCCAUGGUAUAUCAGCAGCAACAGGGAAGGCAGGGGCAAUUGUUGGAGCGUUUGGAUUCUUGUAUGCAGCAGAACCAUCGAACAAGGCACUGACGGAUCCAGGGUACCCACCUGGUAUUGGUGUGAAGUAUUCACUGAUUGUGCUUGGUGUGGUAGACUUCUUUGGCCUCUUGUUUACGUUCUUGGUGCCUGAGACUAAAGGGAAGUCCAUUGAGGAAAUGUCCGGUGAUGUCGUCGUCGACGCUGAAGAUGGAAGUGGGACGGAUGAGCAGAGACAGCUUCCAGGUCUUAAUAACAGGACUGUUCAUGUUUAA